AUGCCGUCAGAAAUUAAACAGGUCGUGCAGCCUUCGUCCUCGUCGCUAGGCAAACUCAAAAAGACACGAGCCAGUCGUCCGAAGGUACGUACAGGUUGUGGAACAUGCAAGAUCCGACAUAAGAAAUGUGAUGAGACGCAACCUUCCUGUUACAUGUGCACAAGUACUGGGCGUACAUGCGACGGAUAUCGGCAAACCCCUGACAGAAGGACACGAGCCUUCCGUAAAAUCAAGAAGGGCAGUCCCAGUUAUCCUCGACCUCCGAUUUAUGAUUCCGGGACAGAGCCAAUAGUAGAAGGACAGCAAGCAGAUGAGGUCGGAGAAGAGACGAACGACGAGGAGGAGUGUAUUGGCAUCGUCAUUCCCCAAGAUAAUGACCCAACGCCCCCUGUCAAGACCCAAACGGUCACAAGAAGAGUGGCAUCUUCUCCCCCGCCAAAGGGAAGACCUAGCGUAUUUGCCAAGUCCCCCAGAUCGAAACUCACAUCAUCUGCUGCCCUUCUAGCAGACCCAUACAAAGCCAGCCUAAGUGACAGCGAACGGUGGCACUUUGAAUUCUUCAUUAGAAAUACUUCCUCUCAGUGCUCGGUCUUUUAUGGCCACGACUUCUGGCAACGUAUAGUGCCUCAGUACACCGAGGUCGAACCUGGUCUUCGUCAUGCCGUCAUUGCCGUUGGGGCACUUCAUCGAAACUUUGAACAAAGUCAACUCAACUCACAAGAUCCUGAUUAUUCCUUCGCAAUCCAACAAUGCAAUAGAGCCAUAUACAAUCUCCAACACCGGCUGGUUGGCGACAAAAGUCGGCAUAUGGAGGUAGCCCUAAUCACAUGCAUCCUGUUCGUAUCGUUUGCUUUCCUUCAAGGAGAUGCUGGUGCCGCAUCUCGUUUGAUGCACGGCGGGGUGAAAUUGCUGUUAGAGUGGGAGAAGAUUUCGAGUUCACUCGACGACUCUACAAUAAAGCUGGCCUUGAUGAGAGUCUUUUCUCGAAUUCAGUUUCAUGCCAUGACAUGCGGCGACCCCGACUUUUUCGUCGAAGACAAAUUCAGUCCUCCAAAAGGCACAAUGAACGUGAUGCCGCCAAACCAAGAUCUUUCCCAACCCAUUGAUAGCAUCGAAGCAGCAAGCAGCUUGUUAUUUGACAUUGGCUGGGUGGUCAUGCAGAGGAAACCUUGGCUGAGCUACCCGCAUAGAAAUGAUGAUUACGAUGUGGUUGCCACCCUAAACAAGCUCCAAUAUUGGGAAGCACAAUGCCACAUCUCCUUAAUGAGUCGGCGUGAGGAGCUAUCCGUCAAAGAUCGUGGCUCGUGGAUAAUGCUCCAAAUGUGGAGCGAGACAAUCUAUAUUCUAGCGGCAACGGAUUGGUGUGCAGACGGACGCGAGUCGAGGUUCGAUUGCCUCCUCUCGCGCUUUCAGAAGACCAUCGAAUACGCCAAGGAACUCUUGACCACAGAGUCGAUGCGGUCGUUUUUGCCUACCUUCCAUAUGGGGCCGGGCAUCAUACCGCCUCUUUUCUUAUGCAUCAAUAAAUGCCGCGAUUGGAAUUUGCGCCAAGAAGCGAUGUCUCUGUUGCAGAGUUGGCCAUGCCAGGAGGGGUUCUGGAACACUACAGGAUCUGCAAAAUGUUUGGAAAAACUCAUUGAACUCGAGAUGGAGGGUCUGCUGCCCGGCGAGGUCGUGCCCGAGUCACAGCGCAUUAUCGCUACGCACGUGGACUAUUUGCCUCAGACAAACACAUACCGUUUCUGGUAUCGUCAAUCCCAAGCGGUUGGAACGUCCCGUUGGAAGAGCACCGUAUUGUCUGUCUGA